AUGCUUUUCUUCAUUCUUUUUGGAGCGGGUGCUUUUUUAAUAUUGGCUACAGUUUCUUUGACAGCUUUUAAAUAUGCCAGUGGACGUUUAGUAAAUAAUAAAUAUGUAUCAACACCAAUAACUUCACCUCAUAAUCAAUCUACUUUUAUGUAUUUUGCAUGUGGUGUAUUUUUAGGAAUAUGUUUCCUAGGUCUUUUACCACAUGCAUUAAUGCAAGAAAAGAUAAUCAAUGGUAAAAUUAAUAUUAAAAAUAUAACACAUGGUCAAGAUUUAUAUGAAAAUAAUAAUUUUAAACAUACAUCUUCAUGGUUCUCAAGACUUUAUUCAACACAUUUUUUAGUAUUACUUGGAUUUACAAUAGAUCUUUUAUUACAUCAAGUUGUAUCACAUUUUUAUGAAAAAAAAAACUCGUCCCAAAUGAAUUUUAAAAGUUUUAUAGAUAAGUCAAUAAAAUAUUCUGUAACAAGAGAUUUUACCUUAUCUGAUAAUCCUGACGAUGAUCCUGUUGAAGGUACAUGGAAUUUAGAAGAACCAUCAGACUGUUUAAUGGAUGAUUUAGAAGGUAUUAAUUUUCGUCAACCAUUUCCACAUGGUCCAUCUUGUCAUAAUUUGGAAUGUAAUGAUACAUUAAAUAGUAAAAGUUUUUUUGAAGCAUCAGUAUUUAUGUUUGCAUUAUCAACACAUUCUAUUUUUGAAGGUAUGGCAUUAGGAGCACAAAAAAAUGACAAACUUCAAUUUACAUUAUUUUAUGCAGCAGUAAUAUUACAUGAAAUUUUAUGUGUAACAUCAUUUAGCUUUGUUAUAGCAAAACAAAAAAUUCCUACAAAGUCAGGAUGUUUAAUGAUUGGACUUUUGGCUUUUUGUAUUCCAUUAGGAAUGAUUUUAGAAGAAGUAAUUAAUAAAUUUACCCCAACAAAUUCUCCUACUUUUACAUUUGUUUUAACAUCUAUAUGUUGUGGAAUAUUUUUGUAUGAAAUUUGCGUUGAAAUGUUAGGAAAAGAUGCUGGUACAAUGUCAGGAUGUUCUUCAACUUCAACACUGACUAAUCAGUCGUAUGAAGAAAUUGAAAAUUUUCAUUUAUAUAAAUUUAUUUAUUUCUUUUCCGGUCUUGGACUUAUGACAUUUGCAAAUCUUGUAUUUGGUUCUCAUUUAAAUCAUUAA